UCCCAAGCCCUGAUCCGCAAUGGCUCCUACUUUAAACCUCGCAUCCUUCCUCCGAACCCACCUUCGACCUUCCAAUUCCCCAAGCACGACGGAAUGCCCCAUCUGCCACGACCCCUACGGCGGCACUCACAUCCGCGUCCGCGUCGUCGAGAACCCUAGCUGCCCGCACGGAGAUAUAGAAUGCACUCACGAGUUUGGCUUACCGUGUCUAGAGCGCUGGCUCGACAGUGGGGCCGCCAGCAGCAACUCCUGCCCUCUUUGCCGACGCAUCUGGUUCUUGGACACAGCAUCCGAGCGAAGACUGAGGUUUGAAAGCGCUCGAUACCACCUAUUCGGCCGGCCGCUGGCGGCUACGCUGGACAGGAACAACGCUGUUUGGGAGGGGCAGAUGGAGCUGGACCGGGUUCGCUGGGAGAAUGCCUGGUUGAGGGACAGCCUUGCGCACUCGGAGAGAGUGGCGGCGGCUGCGAGGCAGCAGUUGGGAUUCUUGACGACGGCAUGGGGUACACCGUAUUGGGGCACACCUGAAUAUUCCCUCUUCGCACCGCCCGCCCACGUUCAAGUGCCACUUCACCCGCUCCAGGUCGCUACUCUUCCCGGAGCCGCAUCGACCCACACCCCUGUCGCCAUCAACACAUACUAUAGCAGGCCGGAGGCGACUAUGCAUAAUGCUCCUGGCCGGAGACUUCCAGCGCCCAUCCUGACUCCACGGUACACGCCUGGCUCCGGAUCUCAUCAGCACCCAACUGGAGCAGCCCCUCAACCCCCUCCGCUUCAUAAAUCCCCUGCACCCAUACAAGACCCACCCCCUCCCCCAGCGACCGAACCUCCCCGCUCUCCACUCCCAGAACCGACGGCAAGCCAACUGCCUCACACACCCACGCAUUCCCUUUCUCGCUCGUCCGACAUCGCGGCCGCAGAGCACUGCCUAGCGAGCAUCCGGGCCUCUGGCGGGCAAGACGCGCACGGCGCCGAGCUUUUGAAUGCUCCGGGCAGCCCUCGAAACGCUGCUUUGCCCAUCUACACCGCCGACCCACUGUCUCAUAGUGCUGUAUCCGGGGCCAAUGCGGAUGCGACCGAGGAUGUAAUUUCUGGGGAGCGGGACGCAGAGCUGAUGCCCAACGAAUGAUCAGGAGAUGCGCUUGUGCAGCGGGGGCUAGAUGUUUGUCAGUCAGUGUAUCAGCACGAGGUCUCGCGCUCACGAUGGGGAUUGGGAUUGGUCUGUAGCGGAGACAGGGUAGAUUGCUGGGGAAAGCGGGUAUUGUUUUCACUCAGUGGGGGGAUCGGGCUGGAUGUUAGGGAAGCUCUGCUUGAUGAGUCAUGACUGAUG